AUUAUUCAUUGUGUUAGUUCAGCUAGCUGCCUUGGGAAAGCUACAGACCCAGAACAAGAAUGCUAGCUCUGAAAACAGAGAUGGAUGGUUCCAUGCAAUAUGGAGCCCUGGCCUGGGUGUAAUCCCAGGAUAACUCCAGCUGCUCAUACUGGAAACAUGAGAGCUUUAUGGCAAGUGAAGGGUUGCUGAGAGAAUGAGCUGUGAGGAAGUCUCGUUUCGUCACUGGCACAAGCGACACUGAAAAAGGACUCAGGGGAUAGGACUCCUGAGGGGUCUUCAGUGGAGAAACUCAUUCCCAGUUGGAUUCAAGAAGGCAGGAUGAUAUCUGUCCAGCUGGAAGCCAUCCAGGCAUGCUGAGGGUGUGCGUCCAGGUUCUGGGUGAGAAAGCAGAGAAGUUUACCAUGUUCGGAGAUCAUGGGACCGUGGAGUCUUAUGAUUCGUCUGAUGUUACGCAGAGGCACCAGCACACCAAUAGGCAGAGUCUUUGCUCAACAAAGCCCAGAAUAAACCCUGCCCUAACGUCAGAACAAGGUUCAGUCACCAAGGGGAAGAGGAUCCAAGCAGACAGAAAAAGAAAUCCAGCCUUCCCUGUGGAAACACAGUCUCUGCAGCACGAUGCAUCGGGAGAGAGAUCUCAGAACCCUGAGUGAGGAAACCAUUCCUCUUGCUCCUACUGGUUAUGGUAGGGAAAGUCUUCUCCCUCAAACAGACAGGACAGUCAUGGAUUCUGCAAAGUGUGACCCACAAGACAAAUGCCUUGAAUGUGCGAUUGUAGAUGGAAUGAAACCCCUGGUGUCAGUAGCCAAGUGUCUGCAGCACGGAGGGUUGGACACUCAGGCAGCUAUACCUGAACUCAUGAACUGUGCCUUUGAGACACUCAGAUCUGCAGAGGAGCUGGCCAACGACAAACAGAAUAUAGCCAGUUCCCAAAACCAGAGUCUCCUCGUCCAGAGGGAGAAGCUGGGAAAUGAAAAGAAGCAGAAAGAAAUUAACCUCUUGUUGUUUAAUCUCGACCUAACAUACAUUGGGCAGAUGAAGCAGGUUGCCCAAGGCAUGAGGGAUACUGCAAAGAGGCACCUGCAUGAACUGGAGGAGGAGCUGAAGAGAGUAAAAAAGGAGGAAAAGUGGCAGAAAAUCAUAAGGAACAUUGUGAUGGUCAUCCUACCUCUUUACACCCUCAUUGUUUCAGUGCAAGUUGUGCGUGAAGCCCUUCAUAUAACAGAUGAGACCCAGUCUUCCAUCUCCCUGAGUGUGGUGGUUGCCAUUUGCCAGGCCUCUCUCUAUGUGACUUACAAGACAGUGAAGGAGUUGGAAAAUGCCAUUGAGCACUACACAAACAAGGUUUUUGAGUACAACCAGAAGGUUUACACAUAUGAGAAGGAGGAAGGAGAAAUCCGGAUGAAAAUGGAGGAAUGUAGCAAGACCAAGGAUCAAGAACCAAAGCUUUCAGCAUAUCAGAUAGCCAAACUGGACAUGUACACUUCUUUCCUGCAGGUUGUGGUGAAGCUGCUUUUGUGUUACAGGAAGAACGCCUCUAAGUACUGGUUCAUUUUGCGGAAAGUUUAUUGCCAGCUGUUGCCAUUAGUGGGAGAGGAAGAUCAGGAGGACACGCUGGAAAACGAGCACCUGGCUCAGAAGCUAGAAUUUACUGUUAUCAAGUUUGAAGAAAAUCACAGGGCUUCAAUUAAGGGCAAGCAUUGUUAGGGCUGAGAUGCCAAGGAGAAGGUGAAGUCUGAGGAAGAUCUGAUUCUGUUAUUACUGACAUGAAAUGAACACCAGAGUCUCUGGGACCAGAACGGACUCCAGGGAUAGCAGCUGGGUCUAAGGUGUGGUGGAAACCUUAUAUCAGUAAGAGUGAUUGUAAAGGUGUCUCCUUUAAUUAAAACACAACACUUCUGUGUGACAUUAUACAUGCUGAAUUGUGCGCUGGGCCCAGGAAAUGCUGAAUGUCUUUUCUUCUGCAGCGGUGGUGUCUGUCGGCCAUUCCUGGCAAUGCCCCAUUUCUAUUUCACAGCUGUGCAGACUAGUGAAAAACCUUAACUCAGGUGUAGAAAUGACUGAUAGUGAAGUAUUGGGGGCACUGUCAAGAUACUCAGGAUGGCUAGAUUUUGGUGUAUGAAUCUGAAUAAGAGAUAUACAUUUAACUAUAAUGACCAUGGGAAUACUGACAUAAUAGCUUUUGGCUAUUUUGAAUCUUUUUGCUGCUUAGCUAGUUGUGCUUGUUUAAAUGUAAUAAAUACUUUAUCAAAUCAA